AUGUCACGGUUCUUUCCUAUGAAUGAACACCAUAACCAAACUCUCGUCAUGUAUCCUCAAGUCCCUGACCAAGGCGAAGUGUUCCCAAACUACAUCACCGACACACGUAGACCAAUCGCAGCUCUGGACGCUUACAGGCAAUUGGAUCGGUUCUGUGCAAAUAUGCUUCUCAAAUCGCAUGCCUACUUGAGCAAAUUCAACUAUGUCAUUCGUCCCAGUAGUGGUCAGUGCUUCGAUAUGGUGUGGUGA